GCGAGGAGGCAGGUGACAAGUCGACGAAGUCUGCGGCACGUUCACAGAGUUUGUCUCACAGGUUUGUGGGUGAAGCUCUACAAGUGCUUAAUUUUCAAACUCUGAGUCUCUUCAGACUACGUUUCAGUAAAUCAAGGUGGAGUUACAUGUUUUGUGGUGUUUUUGAAAAGGAUUUUCGUCACCCUAUUUUGCACACUUCAAAGAGAGUUGGAUUUGGAGGAAAUUCACGUUGGCUGGCAGAUUUUAAAGUACAUAUCUAAAGCACUAAGGAAAUACGACGGAUUGGCGUCUUGUUCAGAAUGGAGGAUGAAAUAACGGCUUCAGUUUUGGAGCGAAGAUACCCGUAUGGAUGUUUCAGCAGGUAGAAACAUAGUUUACCGAUAUAAAUUGUGCAUACAUCCUGGAUUUGUUUUGUUUGCCUCGCCAAACCCUGUCAUUGGUAACUAGCAUUUAUUUUUUGCUUGCAUUGUAGUGGACGCUUGCAAAAUAAAUAAAUAAAACUGUAUAUGGGAACGUCAGAAAAAGUAACUUUCAAAAGAGCGCCGGUAGAAAGUUUAUUGCUGAAGCAUCUGCCAAGGGCACUUUUUGUUGCUUGUGAAUAUUUUAUUUGUCAUUAGGUGUUUCCGCACAAACACGCCCACAUUUGUUAGAGGCACUAAUUAUUUAGAUUGCUUUUGGACAUUGUAAAUAGCCUUCAUUCCAAUACUAUCCGCAGUUCCGCGCGAGGAGCGCUUGCUACUCUCUCCCAUGCCAAUUUACCGACACCAAAACUUGAAGCCUAAAGGAUCAGACAUUUGCCUAUAAAUCACAGUCUUUUCCUUCACUUUGGAUUGCAAAUCGGGGAGAAAUCGAAGGACAUCGCAAAACUACACAAGGCUGCUGCAAAGGAAUUUAACGCUCGAUAAUCCUCCGUAAAACGUGGAUUACAGACUUUCCAAUACGAAUACACUUCUCACAGACCCCUCUCAGAAUGUUCCUGCCACACGGAUUUACCUGCUCAGCGGUCACGAGUAUAAUGGAUUCUAGACAUUUUUUACUCACUGUCACCUUUUUGGUGCUCUUCAUGCAAGCUGUUGUAGAUGCCAGUUCUUGGUGGUCCCUGGCCAUGAAUCCUCUCCUGAUUCCAGAGGCUUACAUCAUCGGAGCGCAGCCGCUGUGCAGCCAGCUGGCUGGCCUUUCGCAGGGCCAGAAGAAGCUGUGUCAGUUGUAUCAGGACCACAUGCAGUACAUCGGGGAAGGGGCCAAGACCGGCAUCAAGGAGUGCCAGUACCAGUUCAGGCACCGCCGGUGGAACUGCAGCACUGUGGACAACUCCUCAGUCUUCGGCAGGGUCAUACAGAUAGGUAGCCGCGAGACUGCUUUCACGUAUGCCAUCAGCGCGGCGGGGGUGGUGAACGCAGUUAGCCGAGCCUGCAGAGAGGGGGAGCUGUCAUCCUGUGGGUGCAGCAGGGCAGCCAGGCCCAAGGACCUGCCCAGAGACUGGCUGUGGGGAGGCUGUGGAGACAACCUUAACUACGGCUACAGGUUCUCCAAGGAGUUUGUGGACGCCCGGGAGCGCGAGAAGACCUAUCAGAAGGGCACGUAUGACAGUGCGCGACUGUUAAUGAACUUGCACAACAACGAAGCAGGGCGGAGGACGGUUUCUGACCUGGCUCAUGUGUCCUGCAAGUGCCACGGCGUCUCGGGGUCCUGCAGCCUGAAGACAUGCUGGCUCCAGCUGGCGGACUUCCGCAAGGUGGGUGACGCGCUGAAGGAGAAGUAUGAUGGCGCCACGUCCAUGAAGCUCAACUCCAGGGGCAAGCUGGUCCAGGUCAACAACAAGUUCAAUUCCCCCACCAGCUACGACCUCAUCUACAUUGACCCGAGCCCGGACUACUGCGUGCGCAACGAGAGCACGGGCUCACUGGGGACCAUGGGCCGGCUCUGCAACAAGACCUCGGAGGGCAUGGACGGUUGCGAGCUCAUGUGCUGUGGCCGCGGGUAUGACCAGUACAAAGCCCAGGUGGUGGAGAGGUGCCACUGCAAGUUUCACUGGUGCUGCUACGUCAAAUGCAAGAGAUGCACAAAAACCGUGGACCAGUUCGUCUGCAAAUAACAGAUCUAAGAGAAAAAAAAAUGAAAAGAAAAAAACUAUAUAAAUUAUAUUUAUAGAGUUAAACAAUUAUACCGUCGCAGAAGACUGACACUUUUCCAAGUAAUAGAUACAGAAAUCUAAUGUCUGCAGAAACUGAGAAUAUCAUGAAAUAUUUAUUUACAUAGAGAUUUUUUUUCUGACUUGCAAGUGGAUUUUUAACACAGAAUAAGUGCAUAGACCAAUGACAUAGGUUUUAGUGUGUGUUCCGUAAUACGUGUUUAAAUCAAAAGGCUGAGCAUGAGAAGAAUUGGAGUGACAUACUUUGUAAGCUUUGUAGUCUGCAGAGAAAUGGCUUGGUACAGAUCACUGUCCACUCACACUCUCUUUUGUAAAUUUGGGGAUCUGUGCUGCGGCUGGGAAAUCUGCAGGGGCAAAUUUGCAUUUUCAUAUUCUUGUUAUACACCAAAGUUUCCCCCUUCCACCCUUCAUGUGCCCCUCUCCCCUGCUUGAGUCUGCAUUCAGCAAUCAUACUAUGCAAGUGGUUUGUUCUCACCUGGAUUGGAUUUAGGAACUUGAGCAGGGUUAUUGAAAGUCUCGACCUGUCUUGCAUUUAGUUAAAUUCAGAGAUGAAAUUUGAAGUCUAUUCUACACUCUCAGAGGCAGGCGUUUGAUUGGUUUGGAGCCAAUAUUUACAACAGCCAUGCCUGCAUCCCUUGUAACCCAUCCUACAAGGGCUGGUUUUAUUUUCCCUGCAAACUAAAGCGUUAUGCACUUUUUAAAAGAACAGCAAUACAUUUUUUUAAACAGAACAUCAGCAGUAAUAUAACAUGUAUAUUAUUCUACUUUUUCCAUAUAAACACAGGUAUCCACUAAUCUUAUAAGAUCAUACUUAAAAAAGGUUUGAAUAUAUAUGGGCAGUGUCUUGGUUUUUUUGGUGAAAUAUCCCAUGUUCUGUAUAUACUACGUCUAUACAACUGAUGAUAAAUUUGUAUGUAUUUAUUUUCAAUUUUUCUGUUAAACAUCUUUACAACAGAAAAACCCCUUUCUUCUUCUUCAUGGUUACUUAAAGUAAUACAGUAAUCCCAGAAGAGUUAUUCGCAGGUGUCACUGUGCAUGCAUAUAAACACUUCACACAGAUGUUUCACGCCAUAAUUUGAACUGAUCAAUACGAGAGGCUCUUGAUAUAUGCAUCAUUUUGACAUUGGGUUUUCACUAUAGUCUUUUUUUGGUAUAAAGGGAAUGCACCUCCGUUCUGUCACAUUGCAUUGGUAUUCUUCCACCUUAUAGCACCUGCAAUAACAAGGUUCUAGCAGUGGCACGAGAAACGUCCGCUCUUUUGGCAACGGGACUAUCUGCGUGACACCUUCAGUUAAAAUUCUUAUUCC